UGGGUAGGUAGGUUGACUCUUUAACUCCGGAUAACUGAAGGGUGGAAGGUAGCAUGCUUGUCUUCACAGAAAACUGAAAUGGUAAGGAAUGGGUUAAACACAGAGUAGAAGCAUGCCUCUGGACUGCCAUCCUCAGGAAGGCUAUUAUGGGAUGUUGCCUUCAGUGAGCACUGGGUAUCCCCACCCUGGAAAAAGCGGUUUCCUGCACCUAGCCUGUGUUUAUAGGUACCUUGACUCACGUGAAACACCACUUCUCCCUUUCACCGAGAUCUUGCUCUGCAUUCUCCUUGGCUCCUCAGCUCCUGUGGUCUCUAUGGACUGGCUCUAGCCCUUGUUAUUUGGAAUCAGAUUGCCAGGGGCACUCAUGAAGUGAAACUCACAGAGCAUGAGUUUCAGUUCUGUGAGGCACACUAGGCAGGGCUGCCGGGCCAUGUGGCUCUAGGCUCGGCUUUCAGAGGAACCUCAGCACUUGCUUUUGAAAUCUAGAUUUGCAUAACAGCUUUAUGUUGAAAAUAGAUGGGUAUUCUUAGACACCAAGACUCUAGGAGCAUACAGAGGUUGUUGAUCUCAGCUGGGGAGGAAGGCAAGCACAGGUACCAUUCCUGACGGUGGUCAAACUGAUUUAGAGAUGGGGUGGGGUGACCUGGGUGUGAAUGGAGAACCUUCCAGAGAGACUCCAAAUUUAGACCGGAUGGCUGCAGAAGGGAUGCUUUUCCCAAGCUUCUAUUCUGCCAACCCUUUGUGCUCACCAUCUAGGGCAGCCCUGCUCACAGGACGGCUGCCCAUCCGCAAUGGCUUCUACACAACCAACGCACAUGCAAGGAAUGCUUAUACGCCUCAGGAGAUCAUGGGCGGGAUCCCUAACUCAGAACACCUCCUGCCUGAGCUCCUGAAGAAGGCAGGCUAUACCAACAAGAUCGUGGGCAAGUGGCAUCUGGGUCAUAGGCCACAGUUCCACCCCCUGAAGCAUGGAUUUGAUGAGUGGUUUGGAUCCCCCAACUGUCACUUUGGACCGUACAACAACAAGGUCAAACCCAACAUCCCUGUGUACAAGGACUGGGAGAUGGUUGGCAGAUUUUAUGAAGAGUUCCCAAUUAACUGGAAGACUGGGGAAGCUAACCUCACCCAGCUCUACUUACAAGAAGCUCUGGACUUCAUCCAGACACAAAAUGCGAGGCAGAGCCCCUUCUUCCUCUACUGGGCCAUUGACGCCACACAUGCACCAGUUUAUGCCUCAAGACAGUUCUUGGGUACCAGCCUUCGAGGGCGGUAUGGCGAUGCCGUUCGGGAAAUAGACGACAGUGUUGGAAAGAUCCUGAGCCUUCUGCAGAACUUGGGCAUCAGUAAGAACACAUUUGUCUUCUUCACGUCUGAUAAUGGUGCAGCCCUCGUUUCUGCUCCCAAAGAAGGUGGCAGCAAUGGUCCUUUCCUGUGUGGGAAGCAGACUACAUUUGAAGGCGGGAUGAGGGAGCCUGCGAUUGCAUGGUGGCCAGGGCACAUUGCUGCAGGCCAGGUCAGCCACCAGCUGGGAAGUAUUAUGGAUCUCUUCACUACCAGCCUAUCCCUCGCAGGCCUGAAGCCCCCCAGUGACAGGGUAAUUGACGGACUUGACCUCCUCCCCACCAUGCUCCAGGGCCAGAUGACAGACAGGCCCAUAUUUUAUUACCGUGGCAACACUCUGAUGGCAGUCACUCUUGGCCAGUACAAAGCGCACCUCUGGACUUGGACCAACUCCUGGGAGGAGUUCAAACAGGGCAUUGACUUCUGCCCCGGGCAGAAUGUUUCAGGGGUCACAACCCACACCCAGGAAGAACACACGGAACUACCCCUGAUCUUCCACCUGGGACGUGACCCAGGAGAGAGAUUCCCACUCAGCUUCGCCGGUGAUGAGUACCAGCAUGCCCGCAGCAGGAUCACCCAGGUUGUGCAGCAGCACCAAAAGUCCUUGGUCCCCGGACAGCCCCAGCUCAACGUGUGUAACCAGGCUGUCAUGAAUUGGGCACCCCCAGGCUGUGAAAAACUAGGGAAGUGUCUGACACCUCCUGAGUCUGUCCCUGAGAAGUGUUUCUGGGCCCAUUAGCCGAGAUCAAAAUCUCCAGCCAGCCCUGCAAGUGCCUGGAAGACCUUGAUCUUGGGACUGAUAGAUUGAAGAGACCAACUACCCUCUGCCCACCCAUCCCUGGAUGGACGGCCCUUGCAAGGCUCCAAGACUGCCCACCCUGACCCUGGAUGCUCUCUAUCACUGUGGCCCAUCUUGCCAACCGGAUACUGAAAAAGAAGCCACUCUCCUACCCCAGGUGGCCUUGACCACCAUCCAUGCUUCAGCCCAGGGUCUGAUGCACUGUCACUGUCCCUGCAUACAUUUCAACCUUGGUGCCAUAGACAAAAGUGAAGAUUUCAGUGCAAUAUCAAGGAACCACCAUCCACCUGAUCAUCUUGGGCCAACCUACCUCUUCUCCCACUGGCUACAAACAAAAGACAAAGAUAGCACAUUUUCCAGUCCAGGUGACAUCUGUCACCACUCCACGGAGAUAGGAAGAUGAUAUCUUAAGUUUCUGACCCUGGAUCAGUGUACUAUGGGGGCACUUCGGUACCUGCCACCUGUCAUGUGCUCCACAUAAUCUCCAAGACCCUUUCUCUGAAGGCUCAUGGGAGUUGUCUGUUAUGAACAAGUUUUCACAUCUGUGCAAUAGUUGUAAUGCCAAAGCUGAAUUGUAAGGUUGGAAAAUGAUGAUGAAGGGAUUGAGGGCAAGAAUAAAGGAACAGGAGGGGUGUUAGCUGUG